AGGUGCAUUUCAGAUCUGGCUGCAGGAACUGUAAAAAGGUGGAGCCAGCCAGGAGGUGGCAGCACAGUAGACUCUGAGAACAGAAAAUAAACUGCAUUAUUCAUUUUACUAUAAGUGCCGUAAAUAGGACGGCCGGUGUCGUACAUUUUGCCGAAUCACCAUGGCGUCCGUAUUGAGAGAGACAGCUGGGCUGUACGAGACUUUGAAAAGCGAAUGGAAUAAGAAAAAUCCCAAUUUGAGUAAAUGCGGGGAUAUUCUGAGUAAACUUAAGAUUUCGCUUCUGGAAUUAAAUUUCUUGCCAACAACGGGGACCAAGCUCACCAAACAGCAGCUUAUUUUGGCUCGUGACGUGCUGGAGAUUGGAGCACUAUGGAGUAUCCUAAAGAAAGACAUCCCUUCAUUCGAGAGAUACAUGGCCCAGUUGAAGUGCUACUACUUCGACUACAAAAAUGAACUGCCGGAGUCGGCCUACAUGCACCAGCUGCUGGGGCUGAACCUGCUGUUCCUGCUCUCUCAGAACCGCGUGUCCGAGUUCCACACAGAGCUGGAGAGGCUGAGUGCCCGGGACAUCCAGACCAACGUCUACAUCCGGCACCCUGUCUCUCUGGAGCAGUACUUGAUGGAAGGCAGCUACAACAAGGUAUUUCUUGCCAAAGGAAAUAUCCCCGCAGAGAGCUACACCUUCUUCAUAGACAUUCUGCUGGACACUAUCCGAGACGAGAUAGCAGGCUGCAUAGAAAAGGCAUACGAGCAGAUCCACUUCAAUGAGGCCACACGCAUUCUCUUCUUCUCUACCUCCAAGAAGAUGACAGACUACGCCAAGAAAAGGGGCUGGACCCAAAGUGCCAGUGGCUACUACUCUUUUAGCCCUCAGCAGCAGCGGACAGAGGAAGUGUCCAUCCCUUCCACAGAGCUGGCCCAGCAAGUCAUCGAAUACGCUCGGCAGCUGGAGAUGAUUGUGUAGUACACGCACGCACGCGCGCACACGCAUACAUGCAUACAUACAUAUAUACAUGCAUACAUACAUGCAUACAUGCGUACAUACACACAUACACACAUGCACGCACGCACACGCACGCACGCACGUAUACUCACACACAGAAACUCCUAUAUGGGCAAAGAUGGACUUUUGAACGAAAGCUCGCCGACAGCCGUGUAGACCCUGGCGCAGAACAUCCACAGACGCACUUCUACCGAUGCUGGCUGACCGACGCAAAUGCUGCGUCCCCCCCUUCAGUCAAGAGUACAUCUGUGUCUGCUUUUUGAAUCUACCGGUCUUUCAACGCCAUUUUGUGUUUUGUGCACGUGGUCAAAAAAAAUAAAAAAAUAAAAAAAAGUCCCAUGUAAGAAACCGUUAUUCUGCCCGGAGACGCUAGUUACGGGCACUGUUUGAAUGUUUAAAGUCUGCUCAACUUUAAGGAAGGAACAAGUCCGGUUGACUUGUGACACGUCGAUCCAAGACCCAUCACAAUAAAGCAAUAUGUGAUUUUGAUACGAGAAGGGAGUUGGCCAAAUUAAUUCGCUUAAUUGGCUGCAGGUGCAGUGCAGAUCAGUGGAAAGAUGAUGUCAUCAGGGCCAUUUCUACACAUUGUAAUUUUGAUACUGUGCGGCCAACUAUGAUGUAUGUAAUUCCAUGUUAUCCUCCGAAGAGUGCGCUGUCCACAGGAUGGCUCUCUUCCUGCCCCUUGCCUUGUAUCUGAGCAACGGUAAAUCGCUGUACGUUUCGAGGGUUUUUUUAUUUUGUCACCUUCUACCUAGGCUGUAAUCCCAUUGGUUGGGUAAUAAAAUGUUUAUUUCUAUGAUGGUCUCACACAACUGUAUUAUAAUACAAAAUAAACCUUUUUCUCCUCUUGUACAAUAA